AUGCGGUGCCGGUAUUGUGAUCAACUCAUUGUUCGAGCUUUUGAUGAGUCUUCCUCCAAACUCGACUGGAAAUGGAGGGACGAAGGAGAAAACCUGAUCAAAGCUCUCAAGUCUAUCGGUGGAGAGUGGACAAUCCGACUUUCGCUUCAGUCCGAUGAUGUCUUCAUGGGAAAGAAGAUAGACGAGGUCCGAAGCUUUGACCUCUUGCAAAUCACGGCAGGUGAGGACGAGAAUCUUUGGAACGAGGACGACUGGAUACCACACCUUCCAACGGUUCACCUACUCUUAACAAGUGCUAGCGGUUAG